AUGGAUACUUUGGGCGACUCUUUUGGGCGUUUGUCAACUGACGCCCAAGAGUUUGUUCCUGGCAGUAGAUUUGGCCAGAAUCAGCAACAGCCAACGGACUUCUCUGCGUCUCAACAAUCUCAUGCAGCAAGAUACCAGGCUCAAUCCGGAUUGAAUGCCACUGGCGUCAAGGAAUUUGUCCCUGGCAAAGCUUGGAGCAGUGGGAUUCAGAACGAGCCAUCCUUUGAUGGCAGCGUAUCAUCUAGCCAUCAGAAUCAACAAGCUGGAGGGUCAACUGGAUUCCACAGCAACAAUGCAAACUCUUUCAAGUCUGAGGCCGAGAACGUGCGAUUGAGCCACCAGGGCAUUGCCACAGUCCCCGCUGCACCUACUCCUCCUCCACUACCGUCCUUUCGAGCGCUGCACUCGAUGACAUUAUCAGACACUCUCUGGCUUUACUAUCGUGACCUAGCACUCGAAGCACACCGACAAAUGGAACCAGGCGAUCCGCGCCACAAUGCAGUUCCGCUGCCAUAUGGGAAUGCUUACUGUCUAUCUGAAAACAAAGGAUCUUCACGAUCCUCGUUUGGUUACCCCUCCGACACUUUCCAAGCAACUUCGAGAGAGGAUGGAAAUCUCUAUUGUGUGAGAAGAUUCGACAAUGUGCGUUGUGUGUCGCCUAGAAUCGCAAUUACGGUCAUGGAAAAAUGGAACAGUGUGCCUUCCGUUCAAGAACACCCAGGCGUUGUACCCUUUUAUCGAUGUUUUGUGGCACAACGUGCAGUUUUCUUUGUCCACCAAUAUAUUCCUGGUGCUAGAACGCUGCGAGAGCGUCUAGAAGGGCCACUGCUGGAAACUGUGGCCUGGAGUGCUAUUGUGCAGCUGAUUUCGGCAGUCCGGGCUGUUCACACGAAUAACAUGGCAGUUAGAGCGUUGCAGCUGAACCACAUUUUAUCCAACACAGAUGCCACUGGAAGCAGACUCCGUCUUCGACUGAACUGCUUGGGGGUGUUGGAUGCCUUGGAGUUUGAAGCACGGAAAACUGCUGUGGAACUGCAAGGCCAAGAUAUUCGUGAUCUUGGGAGAAUCAUUCUUUCGAUCACUACAGGGUCUGAGGUCAAUCAAACCACAGAUAAUGAACAAUUCGCACGCUGUGAAGCCUUUCUAGCGCAAAACUACUCGAGGGACCUGCAUGGGUUGACCAUGACUUUGAUCAAGAGUGCCAGGCCACCCUCAAUUUUGGAAGUUAGUCGGGCAGUUGCACAAAGGGCGCUGGAUGAGCAAGAUGCAGCCUAUGUCACUUUAGACAAGACAGAAACUGCUCUGUCAUCCGAAUAUGAGUCGGGGAGGGCUAUUCGGCUCAUGCUGAAGCUCGCUUUUGUGAACGAAAGGCCUGAGUUUGGGCCGAACCGCCGAUGGUCACAGUCCGGAGAUUGCUAUGUUUUGUCCUUGUUUCGUGAUUUUGUGUUUCAUCAAGCAGAUGGAAACGGGAAUCCUGUCAUGGAUCUUGGGCAUGUUACUACUGCCCUGAACAAGCUCGAUACUCAGGAUGAGGAAAAAAUUGCGCUUUCAUCCCGGGAUGGGAAGAGUCUGAUGGUGGUUAGCUAUGCGGAUGUUGCCAGAUGCUUGGAUAGCGCCUACAGCGAACUUUGCCAGGGUGCAGUGCGAGCGUCUUCGCUGCUCUACUAA